AUGUGCUGCUGUCCUUGUUUCCGCGUACUGGUGUUGGUUUUGGCUAUAUUGGCCACCGCCUGUGCUGUGUGUGCCAACAUCUUCCCUGUCUUCCAGAAGAAGAAAGAGCUUGUGACGAUGAAGCAGACGCUGUGGUACAAUGAGGUGAUCUUGCCCGAUGGCAAUGAGACCGAGCAGAAGGUGAGUAAGAGCUUGUGCGGGCAGUACAAGCUGUUUUUCCGGGUCUCCGAGGGCACCGCUGUGGGUGCAGCUGGUGUUGGCCUCAUCAUUUUGGGGCUCGUCACUGCACACGUUAUUGCAAAUGUAAAGAACUGUUGCCUUACUAUAUGCAUAAGCUUAUUAGUUCUUCUUGCGUUUGCGGCGUCUGGGGUGUGCGUGGCCCUUCUUGUGUAUGGAUAUAUGAAGGGCUACUGCCAGGAUGACACUGCGCUGUCGCCCCUGUACUCUCCCUUCAAGGACCAGGACUACAAAUUUGCGGAGUCCUUCUACCUCAUCUGCGCCUCCUGUGCUCUCUUUCUCAUCUCCAGUUUCUUCCAGUGUUGUGCCUAG